AUGACAACUCCAUCAUAUGUCGAUGAUCCCUGCAACUCCACCGUGAUUGCCACGUUGGAGGAUUCCAAUGGCGGGGACAAGGAUGGCAAGCCAAGGAGAGCAGUCCAAAGGAUACCCCCUGCCACUAUACCGGUAUCUGCCCCCCUUCCCACCACUAUUGUCACAACUCGCCCCACUCAUAGGAAUGGCAAUGGUGGCCUCCCUGGUGGCACUCUCACUACCACUGGCAAUACAAGUGUUGGCAGCAGCCCCUUGACUCAACAAUAUGCUUAUGCUCCUCCUCCUCCCAUUUUGACAUUUCACGAUUCCGCGAGCCUCUUGACAGCCAAUACAGAGGGCUUUUCCUUGGCCAACAGUGAACCCUUCUCCAGCCAAGACUUUUACAACAGUGGGCACAUGGUGGAAGUCAUGAGUCUAUCAGAGGCGAGCAGUAUCAUUGAACGACACAUUGCCUCUCGUCCCAUUGACACGGAAGAAGACUUUCAUUACAUUGCAGAGCUAUUGCGCACCUACGAAAGUGAGGACGACCUCAAGCGAAUAGCCGAACUGAUUCGGGCCAAGCAAAAGGGCGUGCCCAUUCGAUACAACGACAGUAAGGACAAAAAGGCCAAGAAGAGUAGUGGCCACAAGAAACGAAAGAAGAAAGACAAGAAGAAGCACAAGGAGGAAUACAAGAACAAAGUCAAAGAACCAACAUAUCCCAUAGACGAAGACGAAGACCCGUUCAACGAUAGUGCCAUUAGCAACACAAGGACUGUCACUUGCGCGUCGCCAUCUGCCAGCUCCAUGAGUGUGAGCAGUGAGAGCACGAGCAGCAGAAGCAGCAGUCUGAGUUCCAUCUAUCAUCGAAGUCCCGUUGACGACGUUGCCAGGUCCGCUAGAAGCAGCAGUGUCAGCAGCAGCGACAAGAAACCAAAGAAACGCAUCAAGUUUAGCAAGAAAGAGAAGAAGCUAAGCAAGAAGGACAAGAAAAGCAAGGACAAAGAAUCACGCAAGAAGCCGUACGAUUGGGCGAAAAAGGCCAAGAAAGCGUCAAAGCGCGAGCGCACUGAGGGACCAGACGAGCAGCCGCAACAGCGAGAAAGCAACAAUCUUCAAAUUUUAACGAAACCGAGUGAAGAGACAGAGACAGUACCGGCGGACAGUGUCCAAAUGGUUGAUAAGGAUCAUCCACCACGUAGCAUCCAGGUCAUCAAGGGAAAAGAGGCAUUCGAGAACGAGCAUGAGCCAGUGCUUUCAAACACUUCGAAAGGAAGUUCCAAGUCAUCAGAAGGCGGCUUCGAAGCCUUUGAAAACGAGCACGAACCAACCUCCAAGGGAGGCAGUACUAAAUCGGAUGGAGCUCUAGAAGCUUUUGAGAAUGAACCCGAGGAAUCAGCCCACCCGGCUUCACCCCCCAGUACGUCAAAGGAGAUUCGCAAGUCUGGAGGUUCAAGUCGCAAGUCUGGAGGUUCAAGCGAGUCCUCAUCGGGCGGAUCAAGGGAGUUGUUCUUCAAUGAAAUGGAGGAAUCAGAAAGGACAAACCCAGCACUCGGUUCAUUUCCGUAUCCAGGCAUGAUUCAAAGGAACAACAGUGAGGACGUGAAGCCAUUGAUCCAUAGCAGCAGAGACAUCGCGGUAGAGGGGCAAGCGCGGGGUUUUGGAACGACCCAUCGGGACGGGUCGGAUUCAUCAGAACCAGGGGAACCAGCUGUACUUUUCUCGGCGGGAGUGAUGCAAUCUUCGAAGCUCUCCGUAUCAGAGGCUAUUGAAGAAUCAGAGGUAGAAUUUGACGAUUCAUUUGCUCCAUCACAAUCACAAUCACAUUCGGAUUCCUUUCGCGACGAAGAAGCACCAGGAGUCCCUUUCCCGCCGUCGACGGCUGAGGACGAAGAACUCCAACCAACUUCUGCAUUAGGCAGGGCGAUAUCGUCAGAUUCUUCAACCCUGUAUAAAGCAUCGCCAGUUGACUCUCUCCCAGUUCAGCAUCGCAAAGACUCUACUGGGAACGAAUCAUUGAAGUUGUCGACUUUGGGAAACUCCUCUCAGAGGGUCUCUUCAAAGAAUUCAGUCGAGAAGUCCUCAAACUCCGAUGUGUUUAAUGACAGUUGGGCAGAACCACAAGAUGCGACCACCACUUAUACUACUGAAAAAACAAGAGUUGGGCGAUCUAAUGCUCCUACUCUACCCACAAUCUACGCCUCGGCAUCAUCCGGAACGGACCAAAAAGUGGGUUCCCGUGCGAUAGACAUCAGUAGUAUCCAAGAGUUCGAAGAAGGGUUAGCUGAACAGAGCGACGACAGUGCGUCGGAGAGCACACCGGAUGACGAACAGGUGAAAGUUGCACUCAAACAAUUCAACCCCGCAAAGGAAACCGCGGUCGAAAGGGACAAAUCAUUGGUCAAAAGCAGUACGGCUUAUCCUCCUUUGGGUAAUUUCCAGUUUGCUAGGCAAACGUCUGCUGGGAAUGCCUCUUCUGAACAAUCGUUACCUGCAUCGAAACUAAAUGCUUCGUUGCUGGUCAACCGCAAAUCCUCCUCCGGGCUACUGAAGACAACACUGGACAUGUCCAGGCAAAGGUCGGGGACUUCGUUGACGCCUCUUACCCCGUCCGCUUUGCGUCCGCCCUCAAACAAGCGGCUGGACUCUGGAAUCAUUUCCACGCAAGACAUCGACGUGAACCUGCCUCGGGAGAGCAUGGCGCGUGUUGCCAGCAGCGACAUGCUUCAGCUGGGUAGUGUUCAUGAGGAAAGGUCAUACGAACCCAAUCUGGCGCGCCAGCUUCCCUUGCCUGAUCAAGAACAAGCUGGCGAAGUAAUUCAAGCUGAGUUCGCUGUGAAGCCCCGUUUGCUGUGCUUACACGGGUGGCGGUCUAAUGCGGAAAUCACUCGCCUACAGUUGGAUAACCUGGGUCUUCUGGACUUCUUUGAUCCCAUCUUUAUCGAGGGCCCGCACACUAGCAGCAAACCAGCUGAUCAUGCGGUCAAUUUGCUGUCUCAAGGGCCAUACUACUCCUGGGUGGAAAAGUCCAACCCAUACAAUGACACUGACGAUGCAGUCGACAGCUGGCUGUCUCUCCGAGGGAAGCAAGAGAGCAUGAGAGCGCAAAGGCAUAGCGUAUAUGCCUUCGGUCGUACCGGAGGCCCUGGUGGGAGACGAAACCGUGAGAGACAAACAGCAACAGAGGAGUUGAUGUUAAGUCUGAAAGCUGUUAUGGUGCAUCUUUUGACUGAAUCACAAUACUUGGACGCCUUUGUUAACGAGAACGAAGAUAUUGCUGACAUUCCUUGCUACGACGCAGUGUACGGAUUCAGCCAGGGAGCCACGCUUGUGACGCUCCUAUCGUACGAAUUUGUGCGAAAUCGUGUCCUGGAAGAGCUGAACUUGCCUCCAAUGCGACGGCUUCCAUGGAGAUUUGUUUUCUCUGCCUGCGCCGCAAAUACAAACAUGAAGGAGCUUUUGGCACAACACUUUGAGCUCGAGUAUUCGGUGCAGAUCCCACUCCCAAGCGUCCAUAUUAUUGGACUGUCUGACUCUCGUAAAGGCCAGUCAGAGGCAAUCAUGAAGGAACACUACAAUUCACAGCAGGCCUUCCCGGUUUACUUGGACAGCGGACACGGAAUCCCAGCUGCGACGAGACGAUUGACACACGUCCUUGACGAGAUAUUGAACUGGUUUCUGCUGAAGGUCGCACUACCGGACGUGGACGUUUCGAAUGUACCAUUGGAAGCGGAGUCUCAGCAUGUUUCGCUACUUCACGUGGUCGAUGAGAUAGACAAGAUCCAGCGUGAUGAACUCGAAGAAUUCAGCUCCAUCGAUGCUGAGCUCGAUGUCGGGCAGCUUCAUCUUGGAGCCUUCGGCCAGUACAUAAUCAAUACUGCGCAGCCAUCUCACAGUAAUCUGGUCGAAAUGCUCGAAGACGCGAACCCAAGUCGGCUUGCUUUCUUGGCACCUGAAGCAAAGCCACUAACUUAUGGCGCCAUGCUGAAAUUCAUCAGGGGGGACGGAGACUUACGACGUGCUGGUGCAGGAGAAGGAUUCACCGUGGCCUACGUGGCCCCAUUUGGAGUGGUCAGUGCCGCAGCGUUCGUAACAAUUGCAGCACAGUGUACAGCCGCGCCGUUGGAUCCUGGCUACAACGAAAGCGAUUAUGUUUUGGCGUUUGACCAAAUAAAUCCAGAUCUGGUGAUAACUUUCGACGGCGUCGAUUCCGGAGUGGUUCACAAGGUAGCUCUGGGUAAGGGUUUGCGUGUUGUCCAUGCCACAGUCAUACCCGGAACUUGCGGUCUAUUCAAGUUCGAGAAAGACAAAAACCCAUCUAUGCCCGAUCCAAAAUCUUUUCUUUACGAUACCAAACACCUUGUCAACCGAGCCGACAACAAUGGCCUUAUCCUUCGCACAAGCGGUACAACGAGCAAGCCAAAAGUGGUCCCGCUCAAGCUAUGGGCAAUCAUUACGAAUUCUCGAGUUAUCGCAAAAAGUUUGGGGUUGCGGAGCUCUGACAUAGCAUUGAAUGCCAUGCCGCUGUUUCACAUCGGAGGCCUUUCGGCAAAUUUGCUGUCCUCGCUUGCAGCAGGUGGAAGCGUCAUUCUACUGCCAAAGUUUAGUGCUCCUCAGUUCUUUGACUUCUUGACUUCGCCCGAGGAACCCAGGCCAACAUGGUACUCUGCUGUUCCGACGAUGCAUGCUGCCAUUCACCUGUUUUCGGAAGAUUCGAUUUUCAAGACAUCGCUUCGGUUUAUUCGAUCCGGAGCAGCAGCGAUGCCUCAUGAUCUUGCUAUCAAAAUGGAGCAAACGUUUGAAUGUCCACUGAUUCUGACUUAUUCUAUGACCGAGCAAAUGCCAAUCACCCAGCCUCCGUGUGAAUACAGCAUUCCACGCAAUAAUCCAAACAGCGUUGGCCAACCCGUCUGCGUGUCAAUGUGUAUCGUUGACGAAAAUUUGCGACCAGUUCCAUUCGUUGGGAGCAAUAGCGAAGGAGACGGGGAGGAUCCUGUGAAUGGAGAAGUAUGCAUAUCAGGACCAAUGGUUGUAGAAGGGUACCAUGCCAAUGCAUCAGGGAACGCAAACUCCUUCUUCCGCAUGGGUGGGAUGGAUUGGUUCAGAACAGGGGAUAUGGGUCACUUAGACAAGGGGGGCUUCCUGUUUCUUACGGGUCGCAGCAAGGAGCUAAUCAAGAGGGGAGGUGAUCAAGUGAGCCCAUAUGAGGUUGAAGACGCCAUUUACAAACACAGAGGGGUGAAGACCGCUGUUGUCUUCGCGAUUCCUGAUCCAAUUUGGGGAGAACGAGUUGGUGCCGCCGUAGUACUGAAAGAUGGCAUCAAACACGAGCAACUACAGUUGAAGAAAGAGAUGAACAAAAUGCUACUCGACGACGGAUUGCAGCCAUUCAAACUACCGGAUCAAGUUGUAAUAGUGACGGAAGCUGACUUGCCGAAGACGCGAAGCAACAAAUACAUCCGCAUCGGCCUGGCAAGAGCUCUAGGUGUGAAUUCAAACAUUGCUCGGGACGAACUCAAGGCCAUGAGACCAGUCAAUUAUCAUGAAGCAGCUGUGGGGGUCAAGUUUUUCCUUGCUUUGGCAGUCAUAUACGUCCAUGUAGGCAACUUCGACAAGCGUGAAUAUUCUGAUUAUGCUCACGACUCGGGCUUCGAAUAUGGUUGGGAGCGCACACGAAGCUGGUGCUGGCACAAUCCCAUCUUCUUCCUGGUCGGUGGCUUUCUGUUGGCGGCAGGAACACACGUUCCGGUUACAACAUUCAGGGACUUGCGCCAAUUCUACUCGCUUCGCAUUGCCGGAUUGCAUCCAAUGUAUUUGAUCAGCAUCUGCUUCUGUACCAUCAAUUUCAUCGCUCGAUGCAGACCUUCCAACUUCAUACCGGAAUUCAACAGGCUUCGAGAACCACUGGAAGGGGAGUACUUUGUUUGUCAAGCAGCACCCAUUGAAUGGUCCUAUUGGCCAACCCUUAUCAUUUCAAUCAUAUCGUACGCCUGCACGCUGCAAUCUUGGCCUCUGCUGAUUCCAUUCUCUUGGUUUUUGUCAUAUUACACUUGGUUUUCGUCGGUCUACAUCUUCUGCAUCUUCGCCUUUCCAUGGUGUCAUCAACAAUUUCACGCAGUACGAGAUGACCCCAAAGCAGUGUGGAGGUUGACCAUGUUUUGGCUUGGCAUGAACUACGUUUACGCUGCCGGCCUCUCCGUCUUGUUCGGUAUGAACGACGAUGCAGCCCAAAACUAUUUUGCGCUAAGCUCGUACCUUUUCCCCCCCGGCUGGUUUCCUUGCUGCGCCUGUGGGGUUGGUUGCUUCUAUUUGUUUCGGUUGUAUCGACCCAAUGAAAGAGCAAAAGCAUGGGUUUGGGGGACCAUCACUGACAUCAUCAGCCUCCUUCUAUUUGCUGGCUGGUUAUUCUAUGGCCUUGCACCCGCUGAGGCCACACCUGCUUUUGCCGAAGACGAUGCUUUGGUUGCAAGACACUGGUUUCCGUUCUUGUCCCGAAUUCUUGCUCCCUUUGGCUUUCUCUGGUUUUGGGGGUUGGCUGUCGGAACAGGUUACACAUCGAAACUGUUUUCGAUUCCCAUUGUGGUGGAAUGGCUUGCACCAGCUUCCUACAACAUGUUUCUCUUUCAUCAACCCGUAUCUGAAUGGUACUUUUUGGCCACGAGAGGGGAGUGGUGGGCUUACCCGAAGACAUUCUUUUGGUUCAGUCCGUACCCGUAUCCGGUAGCAUUUUGGGAGUUCUUCAUUGUCGCUGCGAUUGUUGUGGCGCUUUCAGUCGUCAUGGAAGCCUACGUGAAUGAGCUAUUGGUUGCAAACUUCAGCGCUGCCUUGGAUUGGAUGACCGGAAGUGAUGGUCUGCGGAUAAGUUCCAAAGAUGGGGAAUCAGUUCUAAGCGUUGUUCAAUCUAUCAUUCGCGAGCUUACUUACGCCGAGGUGACAGCACAGACAGGGCUCACGGAAGCCGGUUUGAGCAGCAUGACAACAAUUAUUCUUGUGAGUGAGAUCAAGAAGGUGUACAAGACCCUCAAAUUGACGGUCCGUGAUGUGAUCAACUCAGACACUGUUGGGGAGCUAGUUGACGUGAUUGAAGGAAGGAUGAAGGAAUCUGCUUCUCGCCCAGAACUGGCCCUUGGAAAGAGAACGGGUGUGGUUGCCCCAAAGGCGCUGAAGAAGAUGAUGGAAGAAAGUAUGGAAUUUGCAGAAGCGGAAGGGGAGGGCCCGACGCCCGCACCAACGUUGUCCAGACAGACUUCGUUUGCUUUGAAUCGCGGUACCUCGAGUCGCUUUGGUUCCGGGGGAUCGACCCUGGAUAGUAGCCAAGGCUUUGUUCGACGUACUGAUGGUCGUUUUGGCAGCGUGACAAGUAGGAGGAACUCACGCAGUAGGCGAGCUUCUCACGUGUUGAACGAUCUUGAAACAUCUGGUUCUCACCACGGGGUUCGUAGAAGCGUCACUGCAGCUGGUGCACCCGGCCGCAACACCACUCGUUUGUCCUUUUCCAUCCAAACUCAGGAAACCCCCAACUCUGGGCCAUCCCGUCGACGUGCGAGCAACAAUCGACUAUCGCAUUCUUCCAUGAACACUCGAUCCACGGGACACCAACCAACGGGAGCCAUGUCGGCAUCUACGCGGCGUGGGGGAGGCACUCGGCUAAGGCGUCUCAGUAGCGCCAGAUUGGUUACUCCUUAG